CUCGGCUGGAAGGAAGUUGAAGAGGAGACAGCUCAAGCACCACUAUCUGAUGCAAAACUGACAAGGAGAUUUUGAUAAUCAGAUCUUUACAACGGGAGCACAUCCCUGGGCUCCCUAACACAGUGCUGAGAAGAGGUGUGGUGGUAACCUGGCUCCAAAAAAUUGAUUUACCGUACUACUGCUUUUCCAAGUCCUCCAGUGCUUAGCGUUCCACCUCUGGUGGCAGGAUACCUUAGUGAGUAACCUUAGCCACAGCAUCCUUGUAUUUCUAUGAACUCCUUGGAAAAUCUUCUGUUCAUCCAAACAGAGAACACUAUUGGGAUUUAAAUCUGAGGAACUGGAAUCUAUUUUUGGCAUGUGCCUGCAUGAGCAGUUUACACGGAAGGAGCUAGAAGAGCUGGAAGCUAAUCUUAGUUCAGCCAUCAACGGAGUUCAUUCCUUUUUGUCCCUCGGUUUGGGGAGCACCUCCCAUCUCCCAGCAGAGGCUCCGCCCUCACACGGCACUGAUUAGUCUGCUGUCAUCUCAGCAAUCAGUUACCAACCUUGCUCCUGUUGGAUAACAGAUAAUGGGACUCGGGGCUUUGGCCAUUCUAACAGUUCUCAUACCUUCCACAACAGCUUCAUUUAAUAGAAAAUACUGGGGCCUGGAAAAUGAUGCUUUAAUUGUGAGCUGUUCUAGACAAGCAGGAGAUCGGUACCCUGUGGAUUGGUAUUACUCAAAAACAAAUGAAAUUAUCACUACCCAGGAAGGAAGUCGCGUGUUUGCCUCAGGGGAACGUCUUAAGUUCCUUCCGAGCAAAGUCAGUGAUUCUGGGCUCUACACUUGCAUUAUCCGAAGCCCCACCAUCAAUAAGACUGGACAUGUAACUGUGACAAUAAAUAAAAAACAAUCAGACUGCAAUAUUCCAGAUUAUUUGAUGUAUACAACAACAUUUGGAAUUCGAGAAAAUUCCAAAAUAUUUUGUCCCACAAUUGAUAACUACAAUUGGACAACACCGCUUCAGUGGUUUAAGAAUUGUAAAGCUCUUCAAGGAUUUAGGUACUAUCCGUACAAGAACUUUUUGCUAAUUCAAAACGCCACCAGUGAUGAUGCAGGUGAUUAUACAUGUAAAUUUAUGCACAAUGAAAAUGGAGUCAAUUAUAUUGUGACAGCAACCAGAUCAUUUAAAGUCAAAGGUGGGGAAAACUUUUCUUUGCUUCCAGUAAUUAGAGCACCUCUACACAAUGAUGUAAUAGAAGUGGAAAUGGGAAAAUCAGCAAAUGUAACUUGCUCAGCAUGCAUGGGGAAAGGCUUUCAGAACUUUGCCUCGGUCCAGUGGCAUGCUAACAAAAGCAAAGUUGGGAACCUUAGUGAGACAAGGAUUCAUCAGGAGAAGGGGCAAAAUCAAAGUUCCAGCAACCAGCUGACUUGUCUAAGCACUAUUUUAAGAAUAUCUGAUGUCAAAGAAGAGGAUUUAUCCCUCGAGUACGACUGCCUGGCCUUUAAUUCGCAUGGCUUGAGAAGACACACCGUAAGAUUAAGGCAGAAGAACCCAAUUGAUUGUCAAAGCAUCUACUACACACUUGCAGGAUUUAUUACAUUAUUAAUUCUAAUCUGUGUCUUGGUGACCAUGCUAAAAGUGUUCUGGAUUGACUUUAUUCUGCUAUGGAGAGACAUAACUAGACCUUACAAAACUAGGAAUGAUGGAAAGAUCUAUGAUGCUUAUGUUAUCUAUCCACGGAACUAUAAAACCAGCUCCGAGGACACCGAGUCUGUGGAGUAUUUUGUUCAUCAUAUUCUGCCCGAUGUUCUAGAAAAUAAAUGUGGAUAUAACUUAUGCAUUUAUGGACGAGAUCUGCUACCUGGAGAAGAUGCAGUCACCGCGGUGGAAACCAGCAUUCAAAGGAGCAGGCGGCACAUUUUCAUCCUGACGCCGGGGGUCACGGAGAGCGAGGAGUUUGCCUACGAGCAGGAGAUUGCCCUGCACAGUGCCCUCAUCCAGAAUGACUCCAAGGUGAUUCUUAUUGAAAUGGAAGCUCUGGACGAGGCAGGUGGACUGCAGCCUGGGCAGCCUCGGGAUUCUCUCCAGCACCUUAUGAAAGUGCAGGGCACCAUCAAGUGGCACAAAGACCACGUGGCCAACAAACGGUCCUUGAAUUCCAGGUUCUGGAAGCGUGUGAGGUACCAGAUGCCUGUGCCAAACAAGCUUCCUAAAGAGACUUUCAGUUUGGCUUCCUUGAGUGCUCAUGGGCAAGGAUGCUUGCUUUAAGGUGCUCAAGUGUCUCAUUUUGGAGAUCUCCUGACUUUUCUGAGCUGGAUGACACCACCGUGCUAGUUUUUGGGAGCUGAAGAUGAAGCAUGCAGAAGCAGGAGUGUCAAGGGUAUUUAGUCCUCAGGUUUCCUUUGGUAACUUUUAUUUUCCUGAUUGUGGGUGAUUGAAAAAUGCCCAGCUAUUUAUAGCCUCCAUCUCCCCUCCUUCAUUUCCUUCCCUUUCUCACUUUGCUCCUUUCUCCAUUCCUAUGUCGGACCUACACACUGAACAUCAAACUAAAAGUUUUCAAGUUAAAUUUUGGGUAACGUCCUCAAGCAGAACAUCAGAAGUAAAUCUGUUUCCACGAUGCUAAAAUUUCUUUAGUAUAUUUUAUUUGAUCACAUGCUCAGUUUUAUCAUCUCAAUAUUGCUAAUUUUGUUCAAAUACUUUAUUCAACUUGUCAUAAU